AUGACUACUUUGGGUUAUAUUACUCUGUGGUUCAAUAUGGCAUAUUACAUCCUUAAAUCAGGAUCUUCAUCAUACUUGAUAAUUUUGAAUGAGAUUAUUGAAUAUCAACUUAUUAAGCCUGAAUUUCUUGAAUUUACUGUUGAAGAAGUGCAUUUUUCAGAUGAAGUGUUUCAAGUUUUGUUACCUCUUAAGAUUGAAGUUGAAAAAGAAAGGAAAGAGGGAUUAGUCGUAUUUUGGAAUGAAGUAGAUGAUUUGAAUAAAGAAAGUGAGAUGGAGAGAGUCAACAAAGAAUUUUAUGAGGUUCAAGAUUGGAAUCAAGACAAACCAGAUCAAAUUGAUUGUAGAAGAUGUGGAAAUGGAUUGAAAGAGAAUUUAGAGAAGAUUGAGAAAUAUUUAGGUUUACCUUCUGAGGGAUGGGAAGGUUUUGUUGAGUAUUGGAUUUGUCAUGAGAUGGACAAUCAUGGAGGAUAUAUUUUUGUUGGAAAAAAGACGAGAGGGGAUCAGAAACAAGAUGUCUGUUCUGAGGAUACUAGUUCAAGUGAUGAUCUUAUUCUCAAGGGUAAAAAAGGGUUCCAGAGGGAACAAGUAGUUCAGAACAAUUCUCCGAGUCCUGGUAACCUCACUUUGAAUUAUUGUGAUGAGCAACAUGAGCCAUCACCUAGUAAGAAGGCUCAUCAAGUCAUUGUACUCGCUCAAUUCUCACUUUUGGCUCUUGAUUGUGGUGCAAAUAUCACACUGGACAUCAAUAGAGUUCUCAUUAAUCUGUGGAUGAUGGUAGAGCCUAUGCGGGACAUCUUGUCGCCUGAUUACUAUGUCUUCAUGAAUGUUGCGGCCCAUAAUUAA